AUUAUCAAUCUGGCAUUUACUGAUAUUGGAGUCAGUGGGAUUGGUUAUCCUAUGUCUGCUGCUUCCGACCUUCAUGGAAGUUGGAAAUUUGGAUAUGUAGGAUGCCAGAUCUAUGCCUGCUUGAAUAUUUUUUUUGGCAUGGCAAGCAUUGGACUGCUGACUGUGGUUGCUAUUGAUCGAUACCUGACUAUCUGUAGACCCGACAUAGGAAGAAGAAUAACAAGCUAUCAUUAUGCAGCCAUGAUUAUUGCUGCAUGGUUAAAUGCCGUUUUCUGGUCUGUCAUGCCUAUUGUUGGAUGGGCAAGCUAUGCUCCAGACCCUACUGGAGCCACGUGCACAAUUAACUGGAGGAAGAAUGAUGUGUCCUUUGUUUCAUACACAAUGACUGUGGUUGCAGUAAACUUUGUGGUACCUCUGAUGGUAAUGUUUUACUGCUAUUACAACGUGUCCAUCACCAUGAAAGGGUAUGGCAGCGGCAAUGGCAGCGCGGCAACAGCCUAGGGGGUGGCAAUGUAGACUGGUCUGAUCAGGCCGAUGUCACGAAGAUGUCAGUAGUAAUGAUUGUCAUGUUUCUGGUGGCCUGGUCUCCCUAUUCUAUUGUGUGCUUAUGGUCAUCCUUUGGAGAUCCUAAACAAAUUUCACCGGCAAUGGCUAUCAUAGCUCCUCUGUUUGCUAAAUCCUCCACUUUCUACAACCCAUGCAUAUAUGUCAUUGCUAAUAAAAAGUUCAGGCGUGCAAUACUUUCCAUGGUGAGAUGCAAGGCACGUCAAGAAGUAAAUCUUGAUAACCAGUUUGCAAUGAGUGUCUCCCAAAAUCCUUUAACAGCUAACACAUAA